UGCUUCAGUGAAAAAUAAUAUUAAUAAUAAUAAUCGACACUUGCAUAAUAGCGACCAUCCUACAGAAACAACAGCAAACUGGAUCUUGACGUUGCAUUUUGUUCGUCAGCAGGAUAAACAGGAUGUCGUCAUCCGAAUGUGCUGCAUCAGACGAAGUCUGCGAUGUUUCACCUCCUGCACUAGAGGGCAACACUGAGCCACUGAGGAUCGCUCUGGUGGGACGAACAGGAACAGGCAGAAGCUCUUCUGGCAACACCAUCCUGGGCCGGUCGGCCUUCUGUGUGGAGGUGUCGCCCAGUUCUGUCACCUCGCAGUGCAUGACACAGAGCCAGAAGGUUGGUGGGAGGAACAUCUCUGUGAUCGACACUCCAGGCUUCUUCCACACACAUCUGUCUCCUCAAGAGGUGAUGGCAGAAGUAGGGAGGUGUGUGGACCUCUCCCUUCCAGGCCCUCACAUCUUCUUGGUGACUGUGCGGCCUGGUAGGUUCACGCAAGAGGAGAUACAUACGUUGCACUGGAUCAAGACUAUGUUUGGACCCAAUAUCACCAGGUUCAUUAUGGUGCUGUUCACUUGGGCUGACCAACUGAGGGACAAAUGCAUUGAGGACUUUCUGGAGCAGAGUGAAGAGCUGAUGGAGUUUGUCAGUAGUUGCCAUGGGUACCAUGUUUUGGACAACAGUGGUCAGGCAAAAGAGUGCUCACAACAGGUUCUACAACUUCUUGAGAAGAUGGAUAAGAUGGUGGCAGAGAAUGGAGGUGGUUGCUAUAGCAAUGAGAUGUUCAAGGAGGUGAUCAGAGAGGGACAUGAGAGGGUUCUAGGAGGUCAUGGACUUGAGUGCCUGUCCCUUCAGGAGGUGAAGGAGAAAGAGGACCAGGCAAUGCUGAUGGAAAACAGCAGGGAGGAAGAGGAUGCCAGGAGGAGAGCAGAGAGACUUUUUUGGUGCGAGAUGUUGACUGCGCUUGGGAAGGGGGCGGCAGAGGGGGCGGGCAUCACGGGGAAAGACAAAGGGAAGGGCAAGCCCAUCAAGAAGGCAAAGGUGGUAGAGAGGGCUGCCGCUCUGGCUGCUUCACCGCUGUCAGUCACCUCAGCUGUCAAAGUGGUGGGAGGGGCUAUGAGAGAAGGAAGUAAGGUCUUAUACAAGCACCGCAAAGCUUUGUUUCACCGAUAGAUUCCUGAGUGCAACAAGAUUAUGUCCAUUGUACACCGCACGCUUAUUGUGUGUGGGGAUUGUUCA